UUAAACGUGGUCUGCUAAAUUAAAUAAAAUAAAAAAUUGUCAAUUCAAUUAAUAAAUAAAAUCGGCUAAUCAGAGCAACACAUACUUAUAAAAAUCCCUUGCUUGCAAAAUCAAUUUGUUUAAGCGAGCUUCCCAACAACAUUUGAUGACCCUCAGAGCCAUACUGGUCGACUACUACUUCUAUUUGCUAUCCAUGAUGCGCAGUUUUAAGCGCGGCUUCUUCUGCUCGGAUCUGUCCCUGCGCUAUCCUUACCAUGAGUGCACCAUUACGGUGCCGAUGCUGCUGGUCAUGAUGCUCCUCCUCCCCAUGCUCUUCGUCUGCAUUGUGGAGAUAAUGCGUGUCUGCAAGAACUUCCGCAUGCGCCAGUACUUGUGGAAUCUGUGGAGGAGUGAGGCGAUCUUCAGUUUCGGCUUCAUCGCCACCUAUCUGACCACGGAGCUGGCCAAGCAAGUGGUGAGUCGGUUGCGUCCACACUUCUACACGGCCUGUCUGCCGCGGCUGCACGAUGGCAGCAGCUGCGCCGAUGUGGAGAACGCCGACGUCUAUGUGGAGCACUUCUAUUGCAGCAAUCGGAAUCUGUCGACGCGCCAGCUGCGCGAACUGCACGUCUCCUUUCCCAGUGCGCACAGCAGCCUGAGCUUCUACUCCAUGUGCCUGCUGGCCUUCUAUCUGCACAGUGUGUGGCAAGGGCGCGGGGGAGUGCGGGUGUUGCGGCACAUUCUGCAAUUCGGUCUGCUGAUGGCGGCCUGGUAUAUAUCGCUGAGUCGCGUCGCCGAUUAUUGGCACCACUGGUCCGAUGUGUUGGCCGGCGCCAUCUUGGGCGUCGUCUAUGCGCUGAUCACGGCCAUCUAUGUGGGCGAUCUGUUGCGUGCGCGGCCCAGCCUAGUGAGUCCGGCUGCUUUCGGGUACGUGUGCGCGCCCACCAACAGUCCCGACCACCAUCAUCACCAUCACCAUCACCAUGGGCAGUAUCACCAGCACCAUCAGCUCUUGGCCGAGAAUAAUAAUUCGACCAUGUCCACCACAAAGGUGCAAUUUCUGUCCGCCACCUCGACCGAUUCGGUGGCGGCGGACUGCGAUUUUAGGCCACCGACGACGCCCACGUCCCGAGCACCGACACCACCGCCUAUUACGCUGGGCUUGCCAAAUACCGUCUAAGCUGACAGCCGACGGUGGCUUAUCGCUGCGAUGCCGGUCCGCCUCCAUCUAGCGGCAUUGUGCAGCUAUUUCAACAAUUUUUUCAUUAGAAAUCGAAAUGUAAAGAAACUUGUGAUAAGCGCGCGGCGCACUCUUUACCUGCUUUCCACUAUACUUACCUCUUCCCCUAAUAGGCGUAUUGCUGCAGCGUUCGUUUUAUAAUUGUGCUUGCGAGAUUUAGGAAAACCAAGCAGUAUUGUGUAACUGCCUGGAAAUGCCUAAUCUGGCAGCACAAUGGGGCAGAUCAAGAAACUUCCUAUUUAAUAAUAAAUCCGCACUAUUUCCUCUAUCUUAAAAUUUUCACCACACACUAAAAGGAGUACAAUUUUCUUAGUCUUUCAAAUAACUGUUAAAUAACUAUUUAAAAACUAAUUAUAUUUUGUUCUUCAUCACAGAUCGGAAAAUAUAUAUUGUUU